AGGAGCCCGCGGGAGGGACGGGAGCCUGCGGGAGGAGGGGACAGCCUCAGCCCCGGGGAACGGUAGCCCGCCCCGGUAUAAAGCGGGGCCCGUGCUUGCUCUCGGGUCACUCGAUCCUGAGAGCGGCCGGGGGUAAUGAAGCUGGAAAGCUGUCCGAGGCCUCACCGAGCCGCGGUGUCCUUCCCUGCAGUGGCUCCAGCUGGAGGCUGCUGUAUCCCCGGGAGGCAGCAGGAGAUGGUGCGGGGGCCAAGGGCAGGCCCAGCGCCGCCGGCUAAGGGCCGGGGCCGCUCCCGCUUUUCCACCUCGCGGCUGGGCGGCCUCCGACCGCAGGCUCCACCCGCGGGACCCAGGGCUCCGGGCAGCUCGAGUGAGAGCGGGCCCGCCUCCAGGUCGGCGGACUCGGGUAGAGGGAGCAGUGAUACCUCACCCCGGAGCGGGCCGGUGGACAGCACUGGAGAAGGGGGCUUCUCCCUCAGCCUGACCCCCGAGGCCAUGUUGCUGAUCCAGAGGCGCAGCCUGGAGCUCCAGCCGCUGGGGGCCGGGAGGAGCAGGAGGCAAGGCCCGCGGUGGGCCGCAGCCGCCGAUAUCCGGGGCCUGGUGAAGAUCUCGCUGCUCAAUAACCAACACAAAUACGACGAUGUGGAGUAUGAGGAGGAGGAGGAGGAGGGCGGACCAGGUGACCCGGCGCUGCACCAGAGGUGCCUGGACUGGCUGCACGGGGUACAGGAGGCGGCUACCCGGCCCCGGACGCUCAGCUGACCGGCCCCGGGACCGGACACCAAACAGAGUCGGGGGUGGCUGAGCCCAGGCUGGUCCCCCACCCAGCUACACCGGCUAAGGGUGUGAGUCAUCCCGCCCACACCCCCCGAUUUCAGCAAUCUCCACACUGCUUCCCUGUCUGAAUGAAAACUGCAAAUCCACCAUCAACAUUACUCUGGCUGUUUGCAUUUUGUUUGAAAUCUUCAUUAUUCCUACAAUUAAAGUUUUAAGUUAAGGUUUACCCAGGAUCCACAGAACAGUGCCCGUUAAAGAAUUAAAAAUGUAGUUCACUAUUGAGUGGGAGAGAGGGUUGAUGCUUAUGUUACAGUAAAGUGAAAAAAAAGGUAAUGUGCAAGAAAGGAACUAUUCUUAGGAAUAUACUUCACAAUGUUUGGGUACAUUUUGUGCUCUGUCUAGUUUGGAGCUGCGUGACAGAUAUGAUCUACCAAAUAUGUUUUGUUAAAAGUGAAAUUGUUCUGGCUUGUCAAACAAAAUAUAAAUAUUGUGUGCAGUCCUGGUCUCCCUCCUAUUGGAAGGAUGUUGUGAAACUUGAAAGGGUUCAGAUUUACAAGGAUGUUGCCAGGGUUA